AUGUCCUCUGCUCAUGAUGCCACCACCAAUAUCUCCAUCGACAAGUUCGACGGCGACAACUACGCGACGUGGAGCCGCUACAUGCGUGGCGUGUUCCUGACCAAGUCGGCGUGGCACGUGGUGAACCGGGAGACCACCCCCACCUUCGCCGAUCCUCGCGCCAGUGACGACUACGUCAAGACGAACAACAUUGCGUUCGGCUUGAUGCUGCUGCACAUGAGCGCGGAUUAUCAUCACGUGGUUGAUGACUGUGAAGAGGCGUGGGUCGCGUGGGCACUUUCGAAGACGCUGUACGGCGGGUCGCAGAAGGCUGGACGCAUCUACUUGAAGCGCCAGCUGUUCAGCAUGGAGAUGGCGGAAGGCGGCAAUGUGAUGCAUCAUUGCAACGAAGUCCUCAACAUCAGCGCGAAGCUCAGCAGCAUCGGCGCCAAGAUGGAGGACGAGGACGUGGCGAUCUGCUUGUUGCGCAGCCUCCCCAAGAGCUACGAGAACGUCGUUCUCAACUUGGAGAUGAGCAGCGCGGAACUGCGAUCGCGAGACGUCGUGAGAGUGCUCACGAAUGAGCACAUCAAGAGGCAAGGUGACAAGACGACAUCGGUGAAGACUGAAGACGCGGCGAAGGCGUUCAGUACCGAGCGUGAACCUCGCCAGUGUAUAUACUGCGGAAAAUUGGGGCACACGGCGGAGCGGUGCUGGACCAAGCAGAAGGACGAAAAUCAAGGUGGAGCUCGACGCGGCGGCAACAAUGCUCGUGGACGCGGAGCCAACAACGUUCAGUGGCGAACCAACAACAACAACGACGACAACUACGAUCGAGUUGCCUUCGCGGUUUCGCUGGAGGCUGGACUUUCGACGGGCAAGAAUAUGCCAGGGAUGUGGGCAGUCGACAGCGGUGCGACGCAUCACAUCUGCAACGACAAAGCCAAGUUUGCAAGCCUGAAUGAGCGAGAGGAAGGCGAACUAUCAGUGGCUGAUGGCAGCAAGGCUGCGAUCAAGGGUGUGGGAACCAUCCUGGAACGGGUGGUUCUGCCCAAUGGUGACGAACACGACAUCGAGAUCAAGGACGCACUGUUCGUACCAAGUAUGAGCAAGAAUCUGCUUUCGGUGCCACAGAUCAACAAGGGUGGCAGGUUCCAAGUCGUGUUCGAUGGGUCCAAGAUGCAAGUGAAGCGCAAGAAUUCCACACAAGUCGUGGCAACAGCGGAUCUCGUCGAUGGACUUUACUGGCUGCGGACUCCUCAACGAUCGGCGAAUGCAGCAACACGCAAUGGGACCAUCGACUUGCAUGCGCGCAUGGGUCAUGCACCCCUCGAAGUUCUGCGCAAGAUGGUGGCCACUGGUAUGAUCAAGGACGCCAAGGCACCUCUCAACUCGACUGGUCCAAGUGUGUGUCGCGGUUGCCAGCAAGGAAAGAUGGUCCAAAAACCAUUCCCAACCAACCGUGACAAACGCCAAUAUGGUGUGUUCGAGUUGCUGCACUUCGACAUCUGCGGGCCAAUGGAACCAGUCUCGAUCGGUGGCAGCAGAUACUUACUGCUUGUGGUUGAUGAAGCCAGCGGUUGCAUGAAGGGCUUCUGUCUGCGGUCCAAGUCUGAGAGUGAAGACUGUAUCAAGAACCACAUCAUCAAGAUUCAAACUCAGUUCGGCACGAAGAUCAAGUUUGUUCGGCACGAUGGAGCGCAUGAGUUUGCGACCAGCUCCAUCAAGACCUUCUACGAAGAUCAUGGUAUCGAACAACAGAUCACGGUGCCGUAUGCACACCAGACCAACGGCACCGCAGAACGAGCGAUAAGGACCAUCGUCACGAUCGGACGCAGCUUGUUGCAUCAUGCAAAGCUGGAGAAGUGUUUCUGGGCUGAAGCGGCAAUGACGGCGAUCUACAUCAAGAACCGCCUGCCUUCACCCAAGAUCGACCACAAGACUCCGUUCGAAAUCGUGUACAAGUCGAAACCAAGUGUCAACCACAUGCGCGUGUUUGUAUGUCGGGCGUUUAUCCUGACACCAAGGGAGAAGAGAUUGAAGUGGGACCCGAAGGCUCGUGAAGGGAUGUUCAUGGGCUACGAAUAA